GGCUCAUUGUAUGUGGCUGCUAUAAAGACAGGAAGAAGAAGCGAAGCAAAUCCAGAUCCAUUCAAUCAUUCGUCCACUGAUAGAAAGAAAAAGAAAAAAAAAAAAAUCGUUUCAUCCCUUACGCCCGCCGUUUCAAAAUCUCAAUGUCGAUCCAGCACUCGCCGAUCCCGGCGACAUUGAUUCUCCUCCUCCUACUCGUACUGGGCCCUGCCUCCGCCUUCCGGCCACUAAUCCGAAUCCCUAGCGACCGCCGUCACGGCGACGACCAGCUCUACUGCAACAGCUGGAGGCUGUCAGUGGAAGCCAACAACUCCGUCGCGUGGACCGAACCGCCGAAGCGGUGCGCCGACUACGUCGUCAAGUACUUCGAGGGGGAGCAGUACAGCUCGGACCUGGAGGUGUACGCUUCCGAGGCGGCGGCGUACGCCCGCACCGUGCCGGGCGCCGGAGACGGGAAGGACGCUUGGGUGUUCGACGUCGACGAGACCCUGCUCUCCAAUCUGCCUUACUACGGCAUCCACGGUCUCAGUGCGAAACGGUCGGUCCAUGAACAGUCUUGGAACGAUUGGGUGGACCAAGCCGCAUGCCCAGUCUUACCGGCCAGCUUGGAACUAUACAAGGAGCUGAAAAGCCUGGGAUUCACCAUCUUCAUUCUCACCGGCCGGCUCGAAGCACAGAGGAAUGCUUCUGCCGUGAAUCUCCUCGCUCAAGGUUACAGUGCCUGGGAGAAGUUCUUCUUGAGGGAGGUGGAAGAUGAAGAGAAGCCGGCGAGCCAGUACAAAUCGGAGAAGAGGCAGGGGCUGGUGGACGGAGGUUAUAGGAUCCAUGGGAGCUGUGGAGAUCAAUGGAGUGACUUGCAAGGCUAUGCUGUGGCUGCUAGGUCUUUCAAAAUCUCCAACCCUCUCUACUUCAUCCCUUGAUUCUUAGUUCCAUCCACAACAUGCUAGGAUGGAUUUCAGUUAACUUGAUUGAUUGUCUUUCGGAUCAUGUCGUCGCGAGUUUGAUUGUCAUCUCUAAUUACAUCCCCUAGUCCUAGGAUUUCAGUUAACGUGUCAGACUUGUAGUAUUCCUUUCUUCUGAAUAAGUUAUCUAUUGCUGUAAGAUUCCUGCUAUGCAAGACUAUGAACUGGGUUUGUAACCGAAAACAAAAUGAAAUAUUAUGCUAAAAGUGGCUUGGUUGGAUUAAAAACAACAGAA